AUGACCAUCCAGCAAUCCAUCUCUGAUCCCAGAUCUUCUUCUUCUCGCGAGAACGAGAAGCCUGUUUUAGCAAAUCGAAAGGCCUUCUUGGAAUCAGGGGAAGGAAGUGACCAUCAUGAUGUUGUUGCUGGAGGCUCAGUUACUUCGGAGCUGACUGACGAUGAUGAUUCCUUGAGCUUCUACGAAGAAGAGGAUCUCAGUGAUGAGGAGAAGGAGGACGAAAAAUGUGAUCAUGACGAAGACGAAGUGGAACAGAGCUUCUCGUAUCUUUAUGGGCACAUGUCUGCAAGCAGUGCAAGUAUGACGGAUGGUGAAAUCUCUCUUGAUGAUAUAAGGGAGGACGAAGAAGUGGCGACUGAGUUUGGUAUCAUGAACGAAAAGAAGAAGGCUCAAGAAGGUGAUACUGACUAUGGCUACGGCGACGCUAUGCCCGACAGUGCCAAGCAAAUAGUUGACUAUGGUUAUGGCGAUGCUAUCCCUGACAGUGACAGGAGGAGACAGCAACCAACGUCACGAUCUAAGUUUGUUCGCCGAAGUUCUUUGAAGCAAAUGAAUGGCUCCUCCCACAGUCGCGCAUCCCUCUGUGUGGGGGAUGAAAUCGAGGUCCAAUUGCCCUGCCAAGAGAAGACAAUCAAGAGAAGGCGUUCCAUAAACUUCAUUGAAAAAGUCGACGUCAAGCACGUUGAAAAAGUCACGGAGAUGGAUGGUAAGAAGGAAGAGCUAUGGUUCCAAGCGCAAGAAUUCAAGGACAUUGCCAUGGAAGUCUAUCGUGACGCCAACAAAGUGAAGAAGGGUUGCAAAACUAUUGACACUCGGGGACUCGAAAAUAUCUUGGAUGAGGACAGAAUGGAAAAGCGAGUGGAUACAGCGAUCGACAUGGUGAUGGAUGCCCAAGACAUUCAGUAUGACAACUGCGCGUUUGAUGAGUCCCAGAUUUCCGACCUGUACAUUCUGUCAGCUGUUGAUAGCAAGAUCGACGCCAGGGUGCGAGCUCGACGAGAUGCACGAGAGGUUGAGGAAUACCUUAGAGAGACCAGACGAGCCAUGCGCCGAAUGUCGAUGUGA